UUCAUCAUCAACCUCACACCUCUCUCUCUCUCCAAUACAAAAGCACAAGCAAUGAGAUCGUCGAAACCCUAAAAUCCCAAAAAUCGGAGCCCCAAAAUCCAAAAGCCAUGUCUCUGAGGAAAUCUUUUCUCUCUCGGAAAUUCUCCAAAUCCUUCCGAGAAUUCAACGGCAGCCAGGCCCGCGGCGGCGGCGGCGACCGGCGAGUCGUGCACGACUCGGCCGAGUUGGACCGGGUCUCGGAUAGUGUGGAGUCGACGGCGUCGUCGUGGUCGACUUUGCUGCCGGAGCUCCUGGGCGAGAUCAUACAGCGAGUGGAGGACAGCGAGGACAAGUGGCCUCACCGCCAAAACGUCGUCGCCUGCGCCUGUGUCUGCAAGCGGUGGAGGGAUAUUACCAAGGAGAUCGUGAGAACGCCUUCCGCCAAUGGCAGAAUUACCUUCCCUUCUUGCCUUAAGCAGCCAGGACCAUCUGAUUUCCCGCAUCAAUGUCUAAUAAAACGAAACAAGAAGACCUCAACGUUUUACCUUUAUCUUGCUCUUACCCCAUCAUUCACGGAUAAGGGAAAGUUUCUGUUAGCAGCACGGAGAUACAGGCGUGGGUCACACACUGAGUACAUAAUAUCACUUGAUGCUGAAGACAUCUCUCAAGGAAGCAAUGCCUAUGUGGGAAAAUUAAGCUCGGAUUUUCUGGGUACGAAUUUUACAAUUUAUGAUAGUCAGCCACCACAUAGUGGUGCAAAGCCUGCAAGCAGAAGGUCCAGCCGCCGUUUUGCAAGCAAGCAAAUAAGUCCCCAAGUUCCAGCAGGCAACUUUGAAGUUGGACAGGUGUCUUACAGAUUCAACCUUCUAAAAUCUAGAGGUCCAAGGAGGAUGAUUUGCCCACUAAAUUGCCCAGCCUCAGGUGGAAGUGGAAACUCUGAGAUGAAGAAACCAGAUUAUGGCAGUGGUCAUAACACAGUCUUGAGGAAUAAAGCUCCAAGAUGGCAUGAUCAGUUACAGUGCUGGUGUUUGAAUUUCCAUGGUCGGGUCACAGUAGCAUCAGUGAAGAACUUUCAGUUGGUUGUAGCAUUGGAUCCGAAAGGAGAUGACGAAACGGUUCUCCAGUUUGGCAAAGUGGGUGAUGAUACAUUUACCAUGGAUUUUAGGCACCCCUUGUCAGCUUUUCAGGCUUUUGCUAUCUGCCUUACUAGCUUUGGCACGAAACUGGCGUGUGAGUGAGAUAAUUUUGUUCAUUCUGUUUAUGUUACUUUUAUUUAACAAGCUGGUGCGAUUGGAUAUCUCCACUAAUGUGCUCCACUCUACAUAAGAGAAUUCAAUGGAUACUAUUGGGUUGCUUAUAAUGUAAAUGGUGCUUUUGUAUAAGAUUAUGCCAUCGGGUGCUUAUAAUGUAUAUGGUUCUUUCGAAUGAUCACUAAACAAUUUUAAUAUCAUAACUUUUUA